UGGCACACCUUUGAUUGUCUGAAGAGUGCAGUUUGAUGAAUGUACUGUUUUAGUUGCAGACCAUUGCUGGUUGCUGUGCGUCAACUUUACUUAUUUUUUCUGUCCUGUCAAAGUGAACGUUUCCCCUUUUUCCCAAUCUUGCUAUUCACACUCAGCAACAGGAAGGGUUGGCAAUUGAGAUAGAGGGGCUCUGCACUGCCAGUUUCACUUCACUUCAGCAUUUCAUGAUGCUUUUUGCCACAUUUUUAUUUUUGCUCUAUUUAGCAGGUUCCGGAUCAGAAGCCCCGUACAGGGUGAUCAAUGGCAUGGAAGGACAAGGAGUCCAUAUCGUAUGCGAAUACAGUACGGCUCUUAGACCUCCGACCCUAGCGUGCUGUAAACUGACAAGUGAACACACAUGUGAGCCCACAGUGAGUGGUUCUGCACAUGUGACAGGCAGUAAGGUUGGACUAUCGGUGUAUCUUGGACACCUGUCCGAAAGGGACUCCGGGGAAUACUGGUGUGGAAUCUGGACUCUAGAAGGCAGUCUAAAUAUAACAUACGUUGCGGAAAGAAUCCUUCUUCGAGUUUUGAAAGGAAUUCCUUCAGGUGUUCCCAGAGAACAUGCUCCUCCAGUUAACCUCACUGCUGAGUCUGCCCCUGAACAGAACAGCAACAUCAGUCUCUGGAAUAUCAUCCCCCUGCUUGUAGCCACGGUCGUGCUCGUUCCAUUCCUUGUGGUCUUUGCCAUUGCCAUUAGGAGACUCAGGAAAGCAAGGGAAGUGGGCGAUACAGAAACUGUUUCCCCUCCUCCCCAGGACUUCAUUACGAUGUGCAAGUUUUCUAGCAGAACCGAGACUGUGAUAGACGACAUCACCUAUGCAGUACUGACGCUGCAUUCUCCGGCUUCACCAGCAGAGGGCAGCUACGCCAACAUGCAGCCCAGAGAGAGCAGCGACCAGCCCCAUCCGCAAACAGAGGACGUGGAGUACUCCUCCAUUGUGUUCUAGACUGGCCAACAGGGUUGGAUCAAUUCCAAUUUCAUUUCCAAUUACUUCAAAGGAAGUGGCAUCGAUAUUUUACAGAUAUAAUCAUUGUUGUGAUUGUUCAACUGCUUUCAUUUGAAGCCAAUUUAAUUGAUUAAAAGUGACUUCAAUCUAAGUAACUGUAAGAAGCUUGUUUUAAUACAGUACUGCAAACUGCACUUGUGAUCAAUGAUGUGUUGAAAUUGAUUAAAAGGGAAUGGGAAUGAAAAAGGAAUUGACUCCAACCCUGCUGAUAAAGCAGUGGUAAUCAAUAAAAAAAUGCAUAGCUCUCCAUUUCUAAUAGUAUCCUUUAACAGACUGAAGAACGCUUUAUUUAACUGAUGCAAUUGUCCUCUUCUUAAAAAUAAAAAAAGUAAUGAAAGCAGGAAGGCUACAUUCUAAAAUAAUAAGAGAAUUAAAAGACAACCCUGAGGCAAGAUGCCUAAUGUAUCGUUUUAAAUGGUUUUGGCAGUUGAACUGACACACAUCUGCCCCUUCCUCCGCAUGGAUAAUAAGUUCCAUUCAUUCAAAGGCAAACCUAACUCAGGGCAAUUCAUUUACAGGGAACAUUGAUUAAAAACUGGAAAGAGCACAAGCAUGGAAAAAUAAAGGGUUUUCACUUCAUGUAUUAUUUAUACAGAAAUAAACAAAUGUAAAUCAUACUGGUAUGCAACAUAAUAAAAUCAGUCCUGUUCUUAGUUUGU